UGGCGUUUUAGCCAAUUUCCCGUGCUUGGAGACGAAGCCAUCAAUCUGUCAGAAAAAAUGGGACUACACCCGCUGGAGUUCAGUGAAUGCUAUCUGGACAGCCCCAGCUUCAGGGACAAAAUAAAGGCACACGAAGCGGAGCUUGACAAAACUAACAGGUUUAUCAAAGAACUGUACAAGGAUGGGAAGAACCUCAUCAGCGCAACAAAGCAGCUUGGGAUGGCACAGCGAAAGUUUGCCCAGUGCCUGGGAGAAUUUCAGUUUGAGUACAUUGGAGAUGCGAAGACAGACGAUGAGAGAUGUAUUGAUGAGUCUUUGCAAGAGUUCUCCAUGUUCCUCAAAAACCUAGAAGACCAAAGAGAGCUGAUGAUGAGAAACAUCACAGAAACUUUAAUGAAACCCCUGGAGAAGUUCAGGAAAGAACAUCUCGGUACAGUAAGGGCGGAAAGAAAGAGGUAUGAGAAAGAAACAGAGAAGUACUACAGCUCUCUGGAAAAACUUCUGAAUAUGUCAGCAAAGAAGAAGGAGCCACAGCUACAAGAGGCAGACAUCCAGGUGGAAACCAUGAGGCAGCACUUUCAGGAGGAGUCACUGGACUAUGUAUGCAAACUGCAGGAGAUCCAAGAGAGAAAGAAGUUUGAGUGUGUGGAGCCGAUGCUGGCCUUCUUUCAGACAGUCUUCACUUUUUAUCACCAUGGCUUCGAGCUUGCCAAGGACUUUGAUCAUUAUAAAAGAGAACUGCAGAUCAAUAUACAGAAUACAAGGAAUCGAUUUGAGGGCACGCGUUCAGAGGUGUACGAGCUGAUGAAAAGGAUCAGGGAGGUCCCCCAAGAAUACAGACAGACCAGCCCUAUCAGUUGUGAGGGCUACCUCUAUGUACAGGAAAAACGGCCCCCUCCCUUUGGUUCAAGUUGGGUCAAACGAUACUGCACCUUCGUCAAAGAGCAGAAGAUCCUGCACAUGGUGACUUUUGACCACAGAUCUGGUGGGAAGAUUGGUGAGACUGAGUCUGUCACACUCAAAUCCUGUGUCCGAAAAACGACUGACAUGUUGGACAGGAGGUUCUGUUUAGACCUCGACAUAACCGAUCGGCCAGGGACGGUGCUAACAGUACAGGCCUUGUCAGAGGAUGACCAUAAGUUCUGGAUGCAAGCCAUGGGUGGGAAGGAACCUAUUGGACACUACCUUGGGAGAACUUAUUCUAAAGAAAGAGGAAUUGAUGCCCAGCUGGAUGAUAUGGGUUUGGAUUUUGUGAAGAACUCCAUCUGCGUCAUAGAGAAGAAAGGUAUUAAUGAUCAAGGCCUAUACAGAGUUGUUGGGGUAAGCUCUAAGGUCCAGAAGCUCCUCUCGUUAAUGAUUGAUGAGAAGAGCAACGAAGUGGAUCUGUCUACCAGCGAGGACUGGGACAUUAAGACAAUAACAAGUGCACUGAAGCUUUAUAUGAGGAGCCUUCCUGAGCCCUUGAUGACCUAUGGACUUUACAAAGACUUCAUCAGCCCUGCAAAGGGUGGUAGUCCAGAGUCUCGCAUCCAAGCCAUCCACUGCCUGGUCCACAAACUACCGGAGAGGAAUCGUCAAGUCCUCGGGCUGCUUAUGAAGCAUCUGGCCAAUGUGGCGGCCCACAGUAAAAACAAUCUGAUGACCGUGGCCAACUUGGGAGUGGUGUUUGGCCCCACAUUAAUGAGGCCACAGGAGGAAACUGUCGCUGCCAUCAUGGAUCUCAAGUUCCAGAACAUUGUGGUGGAAAUCCUCAUUGAACACCAUGAAAAGACUUACUCACUCACUGUAUCUUUCACCUGCUGCCCCAUGCUGCCUGCCUCCUGCCCUUUUCACUGCCAAGCCCAAUCGCUCUCUGCUCCCACAAAGCAGCUCAAGCUGAAUCGACAGAAUCGGCCCCUGGCUGUCUACAAUCCACAAGCCCUAGACAUUCAGAAUGUGUCAGCAGUGGGAGAUAGUUCCGGGCUAGCUACAGAUGAGACAUCCAUGGGCAGCAAUGAGUCUGUAUCGUCCCAAUCAUCAUCAGCGUCAGCCUCAGAGAUGCCUACAGAGAGGAAUGACCAUGCCCCGCUUAAAACCAGCCUCAGCUCAGGCAGCAACUCCAGAGGUGCAGCGGCUUCGUGGUCCACUGCCGGAGCAUCAGGAGAGAGCCAACCUGCUGCCACCACAACUGCCUCAGAUAAAGAAAAGCCAGAGGAGAGUGUCACCAGCAGGAAAGCCAAGGCAGUGUACCCAUGUGAGGCUGAGCACGACUCUGAGCUUUCCUUCCAGGUCGGCGCAAUAUUCAACGCCGUGACCCAGUCGAGGGAGCCCGGCUGGCUGGAGGGGGAGCUGGAGGGAAAAAGGGGCCUCAUCCCUGAAAACUAUGUGGAGAUGCUGUAGGCCCCGCAUGGGAAUAUUUAUGGACAAGUUAUCACCUUCACUGGGAAAAGUAGACGGAGAUGCAUGUGCCUCAACUCUGAAAUUCACAGUAGAGCCUUGUUUAUCCAAAACCCCCUGAAUUCUCUCAAGCAAGGUGUGUAUGCUAUUAGUGGUGGACUAUUCUUGAUACAUAGGUAUAUGCAUUUUGGCUGGCAAGUAGACUUUGACUUUGCACUUAGAAUGUUCUGCUGUAUACAAAGAUGCUGUAGCCUCCAAACAUUCGGGUAACUUUGUAGCAGCACCAGAGAAUGGCCGUCUCUCCGUUGAAGGCCUCGGCCUCUCCCCUUGCCAGUUAUACAUGGUAUCCAUGGGCUCCCAAGUCAAAGAGUGAUUCUCAGAGACUGUAAGCUAGAAUGUCAGCACUCAAAUCACUGUAGCUUUUCACCCUCUUGACAAUGAUGCACACAAAUUCGUUUUCAGCUUUUUAAGGAUAAGCCAUACCUACGUGCCUUCGCCACCAGAACACCUAGUGUAAAUGUAUGUACAGGUAUGUAUGAAACUGAAUUGGAGUGUUACUGCUUCCAUUUCUAAAAUGUUGCAUUUUAUGUCCUUUUAAGGUUAUUUAGAUAUUCAAAAUGAGGCACAUUGCUACUGUAAUUUUAUUUUAUUUUAUUGGCACAAUGAUUGCAUGACUUUUGAAUUUUAAAUACACUCUGUACUGUUUUGUUCUCGGUGCACUCCUUUACAGAAAAUACAGUGAAAUGCCUCUUUGGUGCCCAAGGAACACUCUUGUGUUAAACACUAGCAUCAGACUGAUUCAACAGACGUUAGUAACAAUUGAUAGAAAUGAUUGAAACCAAGUGGGGGGUUUUUUCUGUCAUAUGAUUUCUUUUGUUUGAUUUAAAGCUUAUUUUUUAACAUUGCUCAGUUUCCCCUGAGCAGAGAAAUGAGACACUCCCACAAAGUUGAAAUUUAAUUUUUAUUUUUAUCAUUACUUUAUCUUCAGCUUCAGUGACAGAAGCGAUUGUAAUUGUUAUUAUCAGUAUCCAUUCAGUGUCUACGUGUAUAGCCUAAAAGAGUUGUGAAUGCCAAGUAUAUUAUACAAAUCUCCAUUAAGUGAUAGAUAGGUUUUAAGUUUUCAUUUGGAUUGGUUUUAACAUGUAUGCACAUUACAUUACAUUUCAUCCCUCAGCUGUUCAACAGGACACUUCCCUUUUUUCUGAGAGCUUUGGUUUAGUUGACAGUUUGUGUUUUCAGCUGCGGUUGCAAUAAUUUAAAGACAUUGAUUUAUGACGUUUGUGAAGACCCUCCUCUCAUUUCUAUUCCUUUGGGUAUCUUCUUGAUCAAUGUUAAACAAAUAAAGAUUUUUUUUUUUU